GUGAAUUUAAUUUUGACCCUUGACAACAAGCCAGUGACCAUCCUUUUCCUUUAUCUUGCUAUUGUGUCCCCGUCAGGAUAUUUAUCCCCCUGCUUCACACCCCACCUUCAACAUGCCAUCUAACCAAGCAGCUUGGCUUGUUCGCUCUAAGGGGCAUCCUUUUGAAGUUCGAUCCGCUCCCUACACACGCCCCCAGGAAGGAGAAAUUGCUAUACGGACUCACGCCGUGGCCAUCAAUCCCAUUGACUGGACGGUCCAAGGGCAGGGUACCACCCUGAUGUACCAGUGGCUAUCCUACCCAACCAUCCUAGGCACUGAUGUAGCCGGAGAAGUGGUCGAGGUUGGACAGAAUGUCACCACAUUCCACGUCGGAGAUCGUGUACUCGGCAAAGCAUGCGGCACCGACGAGAAGAUCAAUUCCCACACUCAAGGCGGCUUUCAACUGUAUGUCAUCCUCGCUGCCCACAUGGCCUGUCCCAUUCCCGAUCGACUAUCGUACGAGCAAGCUGCAGUGCUGCCCCUGGGAGUUUGCACCGCCGCAUGUGGACUGUUUGAACCCGACCAGCUGAAUCUCAGGCCACCGUCUGCUCGCCCUGAGCCCACUGGGCAGACCGUCAUCAUUUGGGGCGGGGCCAGCAGUGUCGGCGCUUGUGCAGUCCAGCUCGCUCGAGCCGCGGGAUACCAAGUGUUCGCAACCGCCUCACCCAAGAACUUCGAGCGGGUGACGCGAUUAGGCGCCAGUCGAGUCUUUGAUUACCGCAGUGAGACAGUCGUUGCGGACAUGAUCGUCGCCUGUCGGGGCGAGACUGUGGCUGGAGCCCUGACUGUGGGCGCCAAUGCGGCGGAUUGCUGCUUCGAUAUCCUCGCUCAAUGCACCGGGCCCCGAUUUAUCUCCAUGGCUGCGUAUCCAGUCCCACAGCCACCCCCGACGCAUCUCGCGGUUCCUCGUACCGCGCUCGCAUUCAUGACCGGAAACGUGAAGUACUGGUACAAGUCCCGCAUGCGAGGGAUUAAGUACAAAUAUAUCUUUGCCAGCACGCUAUAUGACAACGGGGUUGGGGCAAUGCUUUUCCAAGAGUACUUGCCGCAGGCUUUGGCCGAAGGGCGAUUUCGGGCAGCUCCUGAGCCGCUCGUGUAUGGCAAGGGCCUGGCGGAGAUUCAAGGGGCUCUGGAUUUUCACAAGUUGGGAGUGUCUGCGCAGAAGGUGGUUGUGCUGUUGAAUGAUUGAUCAUGUUCCUACUUCAGGCUUGCUAUCCAUGAAUUUGUGGAGAAAAUGAGAGAAAAAAUAAAAGAAAAGAAGAAGUACGUUCUUGGGUCGGCCGCCGAGACAGCCCUAUCUCGGC